AUAGUAAAUUAGCAAUUACUUCUAAUGAUUUUUUUAAAAAAUUAGUUAAACCCAUAACAUUAGCUUGUCAAACUAAAAUUAUCUAUAAAGAUAUUUUUUAAUUCCACAAAUAGCACCUCUUAUAUGACUAAGAUUAUUCUUAUUUUUUCUUGUAAUUUAUCUAUUUUUUAAUAUUAUUAACUAUUUUUCAUUUCUUCCUUCAAGAAAAAAAUCAGAAUCUUUAUCUAAACUAAAUAAGUCUUCUAUAAAUUGAAAAUGAUAAGAAAUUUAUUUUCUGUUUUUGAUCCAUCUACAACUAUUAUAAAUUUCUCAUUAAACUGAAUUAGUACGAUUUUAGGAGUUUUAUUUAUUCCUAUUACUUUUUGAUUUAUUCCUUCUCGAUUUCAUAUUUUAUGAAAUAAAAUCACUUUAACUCUAAAUAAUGAAUUUAAUACCUUAUUAGGAGAAAAUAAACAUCAAGGAAGAACAUUCUUAUUUAUCUCAUUAUUCUCUAUUAUUUUAUUCAAUAAUUUCUUAGGAUUAUUCCCUUACAUUUUUACAUCUACAAGUCACUUAACUUUAACUUUAACAUUAGCCCUUCCUCUCUGAUUAAGUUUUAUAUUAUUUGGAUGAAUUAAUCACAUACAACAUAUAUUUGCUCAUCUUGUCCCUCAAGGAACUCCUUCAGUUCUUAUGCCGUUUAUAGUAGUUAUUGAAUCAAUCAGAAAUAUUAUUCGCCCAGGUACAUUAGCAGUUCGAUUAAUAGCAAAUAUAAUUGCAGGACAUUUAUUGAUAACUUUAUUAGGAAACACAGGCCCUUCUAUAUCCUAUUAUUUAAUUUCACUAUUACUAAUUACACAAAUUGCUCUUCUAGUCCUUGAAUCCGCUGUAGCAAUAAUUCAAUCUUAUGUUUUCGCAGUUUUAAGUACAUUAUACUCUAGAGAAGUGAUUUAAUGUCAACACACUCAAAUCAUCCCUACCAUCUUGUAGAUUAUAGCCCUUGACCUUUAACAGGGGCUAUUGGAGCAAUAACGUUAGUUUCAGGAUUAGUUAUAUGAUUCCAUCAAUAUAAUAUAACAUUACUAUUCCUAGGAAUUAUUAUUACUUUAAUAACUAUAUAUCAAUGAUGACGAGAUAUCUCCCGUGAAGGAACAUUUCAAGGUCUUCAUUCUAUACCUGUUACUUUUGGAUUACGUUGAGGAAUAAUUUUAUUUAUUAUUUCUGAAGUAUUUUUUUUCAUUUCAUUUUUUUGAGCAUUUUUUCAUAGAAGAUUAUCCCCUAAUAUUGAAUUAGGAGCAGAAUGGCCUCCAACAGGAAUUUAUCCUUUUAACCCAUUCCAAAUUCCACUAUUAAAUACAGCUAUUCUCUUAGCUUCAGGGGUUACUGUUACAUGAGCUCAUCAUAGCUUAAUUGAAAAAAAUCAUUCCCAAGCUUCUCAAGGUCUUUUUUUUACUAUUAUUUUAGGAAUUUACUUUACAAUUCUUCAAGCCUAUGAAUAUAUUGAGGCAUCAUUUACUAUCGCCGAUAAUGUUUAUGGAUCAACCUUUUUUGUAGCUACAGGGUUUCACGGACUCCAUGUCUUAAUUGGAACCACUUUUUUAAUUAUUUGUUUAAUUCGACAUCUACAAAAUCACUACUCCUCGUCUCAUCAUUUUGGAUUUGAAGCUGCAGCCUGAUAUUGACAUUUUGUUGAUAUUGUUUGAUUAUUUUUAUAUGUAUCUAUUUAUUGAUGAGGUAAUUAAUUUA